AUGAAGAAAUCAGGAGCUGGUUCAUCUGUUAUGAUUAUCAUUCUGGUUAAUCUGCUACUACCAGAUGCAUCAUUGGGGGAGCCAAGAGCUCAGGUGGUUGAGUUAAUGUGCGGGAACCAAACUUCGCCCGACCCCACCAUUCCUAUGGCAAACUUCAUUGUCACAAUGGAAAACGUAAGUGAACAAUUGCGAAUUUCAGGCUUUGGCAUAGCAGGAACAGGCUCAGGACCUGAUGCUAAUUAUGGACUGGCGCAAUGUUCUGGUGAUCUUUCUUUACUUGAUUGUGUCUUAUGCUACACUGAAGCACGCUCUACUCUUCCUCAGUGCUUUCCUGGCCAUAGUGGAAGGGUUUUCCUCGAUGGCUGCUUCAUGCGAACUGAGAAUUACAGUUUCUUUCAAGAGUAUACUGGACCUAAUGACAAGGCUAUCUGUGGGAAUAGAACUCGAAAGAAUUCUGUAUUUCAGAUAUCAGCCCGACAGGCUAUGUUACAGGCAGUUUCAGCAGCACCAAAUAAUAAUGGCUAUGCAAGGGCUCAAGUGGCAGUGUCUGGGACAACAAAUGAGUCAGCUUAUGUUCUUGCCGACUGCUGGAGGUCACUGAGUGCUAGCUCUUGUAGAGCUUGUUUGGAAAAUGCGUCUGCAUCUAUAUUGGGAUGCUUGCCAUGGUCCGAGGGUCGGGCACUGAAUACAGGGUGCUUUGUUAGGUAUUCUGACACCAACUUUCUUAAUCCUAUUCUGGGAAAUGGAAGUUCAAGAGGAACAAUAACAAUUAUAGUGGCAGCUAUUGGUUCCGUAGUUCUUUUGGUUAUUGGAACAUUCAUUGGAGUUUAUAUAUGGAAGCAAAGAACAAUACAUAAGAAGAGAAUAGGUUCGUUUGAUGCAGAGAAACUGGCGAAGACCCUUCAUCAUAGCAGCAUGAACUUCAAAUAUUCUACACUUGAGAAAGCAACUGAUUCUUUUGAUGAUGCCAACAAGCUUGGACAAGGUGGAUUUGCCACAGUGUAUAAGGGAGUUUUGCAAGAUGGUAGAGAUAUUGCUGUAAAGAGGCUUUUUUUCAACAAUAAACAUAGAGCAGCAGAUUUCUACAACGAAGUCAAUAUUAUUAGCAGUAUUGAGCACAAAAAUCUGGUUAGGUUGUUGGGAUGCAGUUGUUUGGGACCUGAAAGUCUUCUUGUAUACGAAUUUUUACCAAACAAGAGUCUUGAUAGAUUUAUCUUUGAUCCAAUAAGAGGGAAAGAACUAAAUUGGGAGAAGAGAUUUCAGAUUAUUAAAGGGACUGCAGAAGGGUGUUUCGAAGAAGAUAAAAGUCAUAUUAGUACCGCCAUAGCAGGAACAUUAGGAUAUAUGGCUCCAGAGUACUUAGCCCGUGGCCAGUUAACAGAAAAGGCAGACGUGUAUAGCUUUGGUGUACUUCUUCUUGAAAUUGUCACAGGGAGACAGAACAACAUGAGCAAAGAAUCUGAGUACUCAGUCAGCUUGUUAACUACUGCAUGGAAUCACUUUCAGGAAAACAAAGUAGACAGUCUGUUCGACCCAAACUUGAUGCUGGAUAACUAUCAUAACCCGGAUGUUCAAAAGGAGAUUCUAAGGGUUGUUCAUGUCGGGCUCUUGUGCACUCAAGAAAUCUCGUCUCUUCGACCAUCCAUGUCUAUAGUCCUAGAGAUGGUGGUAAAAGAAGAAGAGCAACUCCCCGAGCCAACUAAUCCCCCUUACUUAUACGAGACCAUGGAACUUAAUGAUCCACGCGAAGAACAAUUUUCACCAUUCAAUUAUGGAAAGCCUGAAUCAAUCACUACCGUUUCGCAGAGUAUUUUCUAUCCCAGAUGA